AUGAGGACAGCACUAUCUUUAGUGUUGACUGUACUGCUGGUUUGUGUGCCAUCACUGCUCUCUGUCCCCACCCCAGAUCUCAAUGGUGCAAAAAAGGUCAGACUAAACCCUGACUUGGCGGAGGUGGUCCCGCCCCUUAAUGCCUGGACUCCAGUGGUACCUUCCAAAUCAAACCCAGAGUUAGUCUCUGAGGAGACACAAAGCUCACUGUCCAUGUUUGAAGAAAGUAGCAGCUUAAAGUGGGAAACCUGGAAUGGCACACUUCCAAAUGGGGCUGUAGGCAUCUACAAUGGCUACGCUAAACGCACGGAUUAUGUGUGCAAGUUCAACUGUGAGGCUGGUUUCUACAACCCAGACAAAGGUCCGUAUUGCAACUACCCAUAUGCAGAUUCUGAGUACAGUGCCAUUAAGUUUGAGAUCUUGGUCAAUGAGGACCACUUUGAGUUCUUGGAAUGGAAAGAAGACUCCUAUGGUUCUGUGCCCAAACAUUCAGUAAAGACAUGCCCAAGACUUGACAUCUUCGUUGGCAAGAACAAAUAUGGGUUGGGCAAGGUUGUCACUCAGCACAAGGCCUUCUUCCUGCCUUGGGAGGGCAAGGAGUACUGGUACAAGAGUUAUGACGUGCUGAUUAUUAACACUGACACAUACAACCAGCAUAUCUCCCAUGUGCAGUAUGCUGUUGACCAGAUCAAACUGUUCCAUCACCCUCCUGAGACCAUCCAAAUGGCCAGAGCCACCAACUAUGAAUGCUCCAGCAUUACAAAGACAGUCCUCUUAGAAAAGUCCAGUACUGUGGAAAGGUUUUGGGAUAUUGGCAGAGAGACUCGCAAUGGGUCCACUUCAACCAUGACUGGAAAGAUCCCAAUCAUCAACCCAGACAAUGUAGACUUUACCAAGGAACAGACUGUGAGUUUUUCUAAGGGGACCAAGAUAAUUGAGACUAUUAGCCAUUCUAUGUCUGUAGAAGUCUUAGUACCUCCCAACCAUUCAUGCCUAGUGAGGAUGGAAGCUAGAAGGAUGACUGCUGAUAUCCCAUUCACAGCCCGCCUAAGUCGUACAUACAGCAAUGGUAACACCCACUGGACCACUAUUACUGGGACGUAUGAUGGUGUGAAGAUCGGAGAAAUUAAUGCUGUGGUGGAACGCUGUACGCCUGUUCCUGAUUCCAUUCCAUGCCAGUUUGAAAGUGACUAA